UAAACGAACAGCAGAGCUCUUCUCUGCAGUCAUGGCGUCCCGAGAGAGAGAAGUACAGGAGUCGCUCCUCACGGCAUCUGAGGACGAUGAUGUGGAGGAAACAGCCUAUGAAUCCGACGAGAAGGUCAUAAUUUCAAUCUCUGACGAGGAUUCAGAAACGGCGGAGGACGAAGCGCCUCCACCCCCUUUCUCAUGGCGGAAGCUAUGGCGCUUCACGGGCCCCGGAUUCCUCAUGUCCAUUGCUUUCCUCGACCCGGGAAACCUGGAGGGCGACCUUCAGUCCGGAGCGAUUGCGGGAUACAGUCUUCUUUGGCUCCUUCUUUGGGCGACGGUGAUGGGGCUUUUGAUUCAGCUUUUGUCGGCGAGGCUUGGGGUGGCGACGGGGCGGCAUCUUGCGGAGCUUUGUCGGGAGGAGUAUCCGAGAUGGGCGGGGAUUGUGUUGUGGCUUAUGGCGGAGCUUGCGCUUAUUGGGGCUGAUAUUCAGGAGGUUAUUGGUAGUGCGAUUGCUAUUAGAAUACUGAGUGGCGGGUUUAUUCCUCUGUGGAGCGGUGUUGUUAUUACAGCCCUUGAUUGCUUUAUUUUUCUGUUCCUUGAGAACUAUGGAGUGAGAAAAUUGGAAGCUUUUUUUGCUCUUCUUAUUGCAACCAUGGCGAUUUCCUUCGCUAUAAUGUUUGGUGAAGCUAAGCCCAGUGGGAAGGAUCUUCUUAUCGGUGUUUUGGUUCCAAAACUCAGUUCCAAUACCAUAAAGCAGGCUGUGGGUGUAGUAGGGUGUGUUAUUAUGCCCCAUAAUGUUUUUUUGCAUUCUGCUCUAGUACAAUCUCGAAAGGUUAACAUCAAGCGGAGAAGCCGAGUUAGCGAAGCAAUGAGAUAUUACUCCUUAGAAUCUGCUGCAGCUCUUGCUAUUUCCUUCAUUAUCAACAUCUUUGUUACCACAGUUUUUGCAAAAUCAUUUUAUGGUACUAAAAUAGCUGCUGAUAUUGGCCUUGAGAAUGCUGGACAAGUUCUACAGGAGAAGUAUGGGACUACUUUGUUUCCUAUACUCUAUAUUUGGGGGCUAGGAUUGUUAGCAUCUGGGCAGAGUAGCACUAUUACAGGAACUUAUGCCGGACAGUUUAUCAUGGGAGGAUUUCUUAAUCUCCGUGUGAAGAAAUGGGUUCGGGCACUUAUUACUCGAAGUUUUGCAGUUGUGCCAGCAAUAAUAGUUGCUCUAUCUUUCGAUUCUUCAGAAUCGGCAAUGGAUGCUUUGAAUGAGUCACUUAAUGUGCUUCAAUCAAUUCAAGUGCCUUUUGCACUUAUUCCUCUUAUCACACUAGUAUCAAAGGAAGAAGUUAUGGGUUUCUUCAAAAUUAGUCCUCUUCUCAAAGACGGAGAUCCAUCGAAGACCAUCAAUGUCCCCGAGGGCUUCGAUUACGAAGUCUAUAACCGCAACGACAUCAAUCAGAUCCUCGGUCCCAAGGCCUCCUGCAUCUAA